AUGUUUUCUUCAAACCAGGGUGCAAGCGAUUUGUUGUUGGAAAGAGACCCACUGGCUUUAGAUUCAACUUUUAACUUUGACGAUCUCGUACAACUGGACGAUGAUCAACUACAACAACCACCAGCAGUGGAUCCCACUUUACAGCAAGACCAGCCAUUAUCACAACCACCGCCGCAGCAGCAGCCACCUAUGCAGCAGCAGCUUCCUCCGUGGUUACCCACGCCCAACAAUAACGCCUUGUAUGUUCACGAGGGUUUGCAACGUAGGCGUAGUUCCUCCGUUGACGCCCAAUUGACGCUCAAUAAUUUCCCGGCAUUGUCUUAUUCACCCAGCUCAUCAGUGGAGGAUAAUUCCACUUCACCGUCUAUGCUACCUCUUGAACCAAUGUUCUCCGAUCUCGAUUUCCUGAUACCCCCAACAGAUGAGCAAGAUGCACGCUGGUGGCAACAAAUGCAACCACUACAUCAGCAGCAACAACAACAGCAACAACCAUUGCCGCUCAAAUCAAAUUCCCGACGAAGAUCAUCCUCUGUUCCACCAGCUUUCCAUAGCCAAUAUCAAAAGCCAAUCGUGUUUGCUCAAAUCAAAGUAGCUGAUAGCCGACCACCAGCACCAGCAUCAAGGCGACGUGCCCCACAGCAACCAAGUAUGCCGGUACAAAUUGAGCGUCUCCAACGACAUAGGAUACCAUCAUUGACCCCCGAGCAACAACAAAUGGCUAUGGAUCAACGACUUGUUCAUGUCAACUUUAACGAUGUUACAGUAGCUGAAUUGAAGCAGCUAUUGCGCCACUAUGGUCAUUCGACUUCAGGUCGUAAGGCCGAUCUUAUCGAUCGACUCAAGGAAGAACGCAACAAGCUCCUGCUGAGCAAAACAUCUUAA